AGUUUCCUGAAUCGACCAAGUGCAAACAUGUGAACAAGAUGGGAAGUGCUGGUCAAAGGACGCAAGGCGAAGAGUGCAGGGAUGCGCUGCUGUGAGCGCCUGGCACUUCAGCCUUGAACACUGCUCGCCCUGCUGCGGCUACUGCUGCUGCUUCUGGAGAUUGCCUCGAUUGCUACCGGCAAGACGAGGCAAACAUUAGCUAACCUAGUACCUCUCUGGCGGAUCAUACGGAUCAGAGAGAGAGAGAGAGAGGUAAAUCGUUGAAAAUGCUGUGCUGCACCAUUGUGCAUUCAGAAUGCUCGAAAAGUGCCCGUUCGUCAGCUGCCUCACCACGUGCAGUAGGCGACCCGCUGAGCGCAGGCAGCGAGCUCCGCAUCGUCCUGACCAAGUCGACGGUGUGUUCGCUCAUACCAUAAUCAUAGCGCUGGACCUUUGGCUUUGGACUACGCGUCGGUAACGGUCGUUCGUGGGACAUCCUGUGUGGUGUGCGUGGUCGGACAACGACGACGGUGUGCCACCACCCGCACAGUGGAUGGUCAUGACUAGGGCAAGUGAGCAAGUAUGCAACUGGACUUCACUCUUCAGCGCAACAAGCCACGCAUGCUAACACGGGCAUAACUAUUGCUGUCUGUAGUGCGGUAGUUGUGACAAGCGAAGGCCACAAAGUCUCUGGUGGUGAAGUUUGGGAUUGUAAUCACAGACCACCAUCGCAGAGAACGUCUCAGCGAGGCCAGCUUCCCGCUAGGAAGAAGAGAAAGUCUCCUCCGGCAGGGGGGAAAUCCGCGGUGGUAAAGAGAGAAGCUGAACAGUACGUGGCGGCUGGACCGUGGCUAAGUGGUUUGGUUUGCCACACAAUAGCGUGACUCCCACCCCCAUUCCCUACACACAGCCCGUGCUUUGUGUACACCGCAUUCUGGUAUUGGAAGAGUGUUGUGCGGUGCACGCUGCUACAUCUGCACUGCGUUGUCUUGAGUACCCAGCAGAGGCAUUGGAGGCAGGCGAAGAGAGGGUGCGUGCAUACACCGUGCAUGAGAAAGAUAGGGCAGCAGCAUCAGAAAAUAUAGGAACAGCCACAACAGCAUCAGAAACAGGAGCAGCAACAGCAGCAGAAACAGGAGCAGCCAUAGCAGCAACAGCAUCAGAAACAGGAGCAGCCACAGCAGCAGCAGGUGGUAGAGGGCUGAGGUUGGCGAUGGCAAAGAAGGCAGCAGUGGUGUCUGGAUCAUCAUCAUCAUCGGUGAAGUAUGCCAGUGGCUGCCCACAAGCCACUGGCUGGCUAUUCCCCAUGGCAUCUCAUGACAAGGUUACCCGCCACUAUGACAUUGGAGAAGAGCUUGGGUCUGGCAUUACUUCCGUCGUUAGGAAAUGCACGCACCGCAAGACCAAGAGACCAUACGCUCUGAAGAUCAUGGACAAGAACGAAUUCCGUAAAAUUGUUCAAGUGGAAGUCAAUGUCAUGCUGCGUCUGCAACAUCCCAACAUUAUACGACUUCACGAAGUGUUUGAAAGUGAUACAAAAGUGUAUCUUGUCCUGGAUUUGGUGCGUGGAGGAGAGCUUUUCGACAGGAUAGUGGACUGUGGUUUCUAUUCUGAACAAGAAACUGUGGCUGUUAUCCGUCAAGUACUUACUGCUGUUGAGUAUCUGCACAGAAAUAACGUUCUUCAUCGUGACCUGAAGCCGGAAAACCUGCUCUACGCGGAUCCGAACGACGACCUGUCGCUGAAAGUCGCUGACUUUGGGCUAUCCCGUCUCAUCACCCCUGCACGGCGCAGUACGCUGACUAUUUGUGGAACUCCUGGCUAUGUUGCUCCGGAGGUUCUUCUCGGCAAGAAGUACGGCCCACCGGUGGACAUGUGGGCGGUGGGUGUUAUUACCUACAUACUACUGUGCGGUUUUGAGCCAUUCUAUGACGAAGAUCAGCAGGAGAUCUAUCAGAAAACCAUCCGUGCCGAAUAUUCGUUUCCAUCGCCUUAUUGGGAUGAUGUCAGCGUGGAUGCAAGGGAUUUCAUCAACCAGUUGCUACGCUAUCGUUCUUCAAAGCGCCUAACAGCCACGGAGGCGCUGCACCAUCCCUGGAUUGUGAACUCCAGACCCAACCAAAAGCAUCUAGACUCGGCGUACGGCAAGCUGAGAGAGCGUGCACGUGCUCGCACACAUUGGAAGCAAGCAAUACUGGGCACCAUUGCGGUGGGCAGACUGAUGCGCAGUGUGGGUGCUGCCUCUCUCGGCAGAGACAACACCAGUGGGAAUGCAGCGUCAAUGACGACCACCGUGCACGCCCAGGAACACAGGAAUGACGCGGACGGAGAUGUAGCCAACGGCUCGCUGCCCGAAAAUGCCGACUGUGAGGAGCUCAGUGACGAUGGUACAGCGUUGUAGUGCCCUGUUGCUGUUGACAUGCCUACACGGAUAUGAUUGGUUCCAUUCGCUCUGAGGGAGUCAUGUGACAUGCCACUGAGACUAAGUAGUAGUAGAGGCUCUGGUUUCCCGGAGAGCAGCCUGGUGGAUGUGUUUGGAUGUGUUCCAAAAUGCUGAUACGGACGUGUGCUCUUUGCUACGGACGUGUGCUCUUUGCUACGGACGUGUGCUGUGGAGCUCGGUGCAUGCAUAGCUAGUGCCAUGCAUGCUUCAUGUAAGAGGACACGAAGGAGGUGGGCUUUCGAUCUUCCUCUCAAGUGCUGCACUGUACAUUGAGUUUUCUGCAUGCAUACUAGGGCGUGUGCGCUCUUGCCCCAUAUCCGCGACCUGCACUGUCUGCAGUGACGUUACAGUUCAACAUUUGUACAGAACUUGAUAGCUAUCACUUCCCAGUCA